ACAAAUACCGAGAAUCUUGGAUGACGGGCAACCCGCAUUACGCGUAUCUAUUGCGGAUGACUUGCUGUCUAGCGCAAGUAUACCAGGUAGUCGCCAUGCUUCUUGGGGGUGGAUUAAUUGACCAGAAUGUUUAAAGCAUGCUGCCACUCUACCCGACUAUUUCUCAUUAUAUUCAGGGGCAGUGCGGUCCAUCCCGUCGUCGGUUCUGCGAACCCGAGGCUAUGCAGUAUGCAUUUCUUGGCCAUGGUCAAGCCAACGGAUCCGUGUCCGGCGAACAUGGCAUAUUGCAUGCGAAACCAAAACAGCGGGCCAGAAAGCCGAAUGAAUGAAUCAGGCUGAUAUGCGGAGAUGGAUGGAGCCAGAAUUUGAGGCUUAGUG